AUGGGUUUUGAAAAUAUUGAUCCCGUAGUCAACCAGUACAUCCGUAAAUGGCUUGAAAUUCCAAUCUCAAGAACACUAAGUACUGUUUUUCUAACUCGCAACAAAUUUGGUCAAAGCAUUUAUCCUCCAUCGGUGAAAUUUAUCCAAUGCCAAACAGUUCUUCGAAAAGCUUUAAAACUUUCUCCAAAUCAAUCAAUCAACGAACUGUGGAAAUCUACUAAUACUCAUACUAAUAUCCAAUACGACUUUUAUAACUCAACCAAAGAAGUGCUUAAAGACUUUCGGUCUGAACAUGAAGAUAAACUCCAAAAUCAAUUAACUUGUCAGGGAUCCUUUUUCUCUAGUGUAACAAAGUUCUCCUUGUCGCAUCUUAGCAAAGUGUGGUCUACUGCUCAAUCAAAACUUCCGAAAACCAUUUAUAACUUUACCAUACGCUAUAUCAAUAACUCUCUUCCGACACGCAAGAACCUUAGCAGAUGGGGAUUGUCUUCAAGUUCAGAAUGCUCCUUUUGUCUUGGCCCAGAAUCAUUAUUGCACGUGGUCGCUGGAUGUCGGUGUUAUCUCGAUCGAUUUACGUGGAGACACAAUUCAAUCCUGAACUUCCUUGCCAAUACCUUGCAAACUGUGAACGGUUCUGCCCUCUACGCUGAUGUGCCUGGAUUCAAAAGUCCUUCAAUACUAACUGGUGAUACGUAUCGCCCGGAUUUGUUGCUAUCGUUAUCAAAUGGCUCUCUUUAUGUGGUCGAGCUCACUGUUGGCUAUGAGACAAACCUCGAGAACAACGUUAAUCGGAAAAAAGCCAAAUAUAAAGAACUAGUAAAACAACUAAACGAAAAUUUUAACGAAGUAAACUUUAUAAAUCUUUCUAUGAGCUCCCUAGGUAUUUUUGCGCAAGAAUGCUCUACAUUCUUAGAAAUGUUAGGAAAUGUUGGUCUGGACAAAAACUACCAAACGUACUGUGUUAGGAAAAUGAUGACUAUUGCCAUUCGAAGUACAUACUAUAUUUUUUGCUGCCGAAAUAAGGAAUGGGAAAGUCCGGACUUGUUAACUAUUUGAAAUAUCUAAUUGUCUUGUAUAUUUAUAUAUUUUCAUGUAUUCUGUCUUAUCAUUUUUAUUAGUUCAUAUAGUUGUGAUUCAAAUAGCCAAUUGUAAGUUACCUUAAAUUAGUGAGAUUUACAAUUGUAUAUAUAGUAUAUAACAAAAUUAUUAAAGUUUCCAUUAUUAUUAUUAUUAUUAUUAUUAUUAUCAAGAGGAUAGACUGCGUAACCAACUAACAUGCCAAGGAUCCUUCUUCACAAAUAUUACAAAGUUCUCUCUUUCCAAACUGACGAAACUUUGGUCCACAUGUCAAUCGAACCUGCCGAAAAAUAUAUUCAACUUUACUGUACGAUUUAACAAUUCUCUUCCAACGCGGCAAAAUCUUGCAAGAUGGGCUAUAUCGACAACUUCAGAAUGCACUUAUUGCCUAGCCCCCGAAACCCUUUUACAUGUUGUAGCAGGUUGUCAAUUAUAUCUGGAACGAUACACAUGGAGACACGAUUCUGUCUUAAACUUUUUUGAGACGAACCUACAGACUGUCAGCGGAUCAUGUCUUUAUGUGGAUCUCCCAGGAUACAAAAGUCCAUCCAUCAUUACUGGUGACUGUUGUUGUUCUGAUUUGCUGCUGUCAGCCUCAAGUGGAUGUUUAUAUAUCGUGGAACUAACUGUUGGGUACGAGUCUAAUCUCGAAAAGAAUGUUCAACGCAAAAAGGCCAAAUACUCAGAAUUGAUCAGGGAACAAAGCGAGUAUUACGAGAAGGUCAAAUUUAUAAAUAUUUCAAUUAGCAGUCUUGGAGUUUUUGCAAAAGAAUGCUUGACUUUCAUGGACAUGCUUAAUGAUCUUGGCUUCGAUAAAAACCCACCAAUAAUACUGCUUUAG